AUGGAGCAAUUCAACAAGGCUAUCGAUACUCUACUCCACCAUGAUACAAGCUCGAGGAGCCUUCAUGGCCUUGUUUGUAUUGUGUGUGACAGGUUCAUGAAACCCAAAGAAGCCCGUAAGAUAAGACUGAAUACUUUUCAAAAGUACUGCGAGUUUGCAUGCCUGAAGGGAGAUCCCGACCUGCCAAUGAGCCUACGAAACAGCUACAAGACAGAGGUACCUGGAAAUGAAAAGGCAACACACAAGCUCCAGAAAUGCUUGCUGUCUCCACGAAGCAAAAUUAAAACAACCUACAAUGCAAAUGGGGGAAGAAGUGAUCAGGUCAUGUGUUGUAUUGAUUGUAAAGGUGAAUUGACACCACGCAAACUGAAGAGAGGAGAGCUUCCAAGGUUUGCCAUUGCCAACAAUAUGGCAGUUGGAAAGGCUCCUCCCUGUUUGGAAAAAUUGAAUGAGAUUGAGCUUGCUCUAAUCUCUCAAGCGAGAUUCAGAGGGCAUUUGUUUACUUAUUGGGGAGGGUGUCAUCGAUCCAUUCGAGGUUUUCACAGUUUCUACUAUGAAGUGGAUCCAAGCCAUACCAUGGGCGUGCUGGAAACUGUGGGUGAACUGACACAAUCAGAAAACAUUGCAGUAGUCCUGUCCGGUCCAUUCACUCCACAGCAAAAAGCAAAUGUCAUGAGAAAAGCAACAAUAAACAUUCAGUACUGUAUAGAUGCUUUUAACUGGCUUAAACAAAACAAUUGCCUCUAUCAUGAUGCUGAAUUUCCUUCAGAUCUGCCGACCCCUGUCAUUAUUGACAACUCUCAUAGCGUUGAAUCAGACAACACUGAUAUUGAGAUCAAAGAAGAGAUUAAUGUUGUGUUUCCAGAUGGAAGCAUUCAAACUGCUGGGUGUUGCAGCAAAGAGGAAUUCAACAAAGCUCUGGCAGACAUACGGGGCAAGUGUGGCAAUGCCAUUCCAUACGUAACUUCUCGACCAUCCGCAAAAAUAUUGAAGGACUACAAGGAUGAGACUUUGAUGCGUGCCUUCCCCCUUCAAUUCCCUUAUGGAUAUGGAUGCCACAGCGAUUUCAAUGUGAAGGUCUCGACCAGUGGUUACCUGAAACAGCUCCUCUCACUCUCCAUCCCAGCCUUUCAUGAGGCUUGUUUUGUUCUUGUUGUGCACAACAUUUUUGAACGAUCAAGGGCAUUGAAUGGAGCUUUAUGGAGAGUCAAUGGAGGGAGAGAAAAGUGUGACGUGAGUGAGGAAGAUUUGAAUGAUGCAAUCGCCAGAAAACUGAAUGGCCUACCGCCUGUAAAAAGCAGUGGGGGGGGAUAA